CAUUUUCCGCUCUGCAGUCUUCACCUGAAACAACACGCUGCCGAUGAUGCUAUGGCAGGCGACAAUCUUGAGUGAUGCAUGCGGUGACUGAUGUUGACCAAGUCCUGAAUGAAUAAAAUGAUUUACAGGGGAUGACAAUGAGAUGAGGGACAACGUUCAUGGAAGAACAUGUCACCGCUCUUUCAGCUACUCGUAUUUUGAUGAUGAAGAGGAGGAGUUGGAGGAUGAAGAACAGUUGAAGGCACCUGCAGAGGAGGAGUGUUCCCAUAAGAGUAAAGAUGUGUCACGUGUUUCUCCACUACCCAGAACCACCCAGGUGGUAUUUGAGAUCCAGUCGGGAAGGGCUGUGCCUCGCCUCAGGGAGCCCCGUCACCUGUACGGUGUGUCUGGACAUGUGUCCCAAACACUGCCACGCUGGCCCCACAAGUGGGAGGUCAUCCCGGGGGAAAUAGAGCAUAUUGAGUGGGCUCCUCCCUUCCCAGAGCCGCUGUGUGCUCAGAUGAACACCAACGAGUGGCUGAGACCAGAGUCUGAAGAGGAAGGCACUGUCGUGUAUGACACACAGAGAGAUGGGAGGGAGGACUACUCCAUUGAUUCCACUGCGCCAGUCAAGCUCAAUCAAGCGCACCUGGAAAGAAACAAAUGCUAUUUGCACCCAGAUAAGGAUAACUACUUCCUGGGUUCUCGUGUGGGGGGCCGUCGCUCCUCCCUGACCGCUGCUGCUGUGUCUCUCUCUGGACCCGAUGACAUCACUCUGCUGUUUGAGGGACGCUUCGAGAGUGGCAACCUGCUGAAAGCAACAAGGGUUGGUGAAUUUGAUUACGAGCUCUCCCUGCGGACGGACCUGUACACGGAGAAGCACACUCAGUGGUUCUACUUCCGGGUGAGGAACACGAGGGCAGGGGUGCUUUACCGCUUCACCAUCACCAACCUGCUGAAGGUGACCAGUCUGUAUGAAGAGGGCCAGCUGCCUCUGCUCUACUCUGAGGAGGAGGCCCGUGUCCAGGGGGUGGGCUGGCAUCGCGUGGGCCAACAGGUCUCCUACCAACGUAACGGACGCCAACACGCCAACCAGCCCUGCUACUCCCUCUCCUGGACCUUCUGCUUCCCUUAUGACCAGGAUACCUGUUACCUGGCCCACUGCUACCCUUACACCUACUCCAACCUGUGGGCCCACCUGUCCGAGAUCGAGCGGGACCCCCGCCGCUCGCGGUUCUGUAAGGUGCGGACCCUGUGCCGGUCGCUUGCGGGUAACCUGGUUCCGGUGCUGACGGUGACCAACCCAUCCCACCGAGAGGACAGGAGUCACAAGCCUGCUGUGGUGCUGACCGCCCGGAUACACCCCGGGGAGACCAACAGCUCCUGGGUGAUGAAGGGCGUCCUGAACUUCCUGCUGGGAGACUCUCCGGACGCGGCGCUGCUCCGAGAUGCCUUCGUCUUCAAGCUGGUGCCCAUGCUGAACCCGGACGGGGUCAUAGUAGGUAACUACCGCUGCUCGCUGGCCGGACGAGACCUCAACCGUAGCUACAAGUCCAUCCUCAGAGAAUCCUUCCCUACCGUGUGGGCCACGCACACCAUGGUCCAGAGACUGUGUGAGGAGCGUAAGGUGCUGCUGUACUGUGAUCUCCAUGGACACAGCCGUAAACACAACGUCUUCACCUACGGCUGUGAGAAACCCCGGUCCGCUGACAGACACCCUCACGAACGAGUCUUCUCUCUGAUGCUCAGCAAGAAUUGCCCUGACAUGUUCUCGUUCGGGAGCUGUAAAUUCAAGGCACAGCGCAGUAAGGAGGGAACAGGCAGAGUGUCUCUGUGGAGGCUGGGGGUCCUCAACUCCUUCACCCUGGAGACAUCCUUCUGUGGCUCCAACAUCGGUAAGAGGAAGGGGACCCAUUUCAGCACUCAGGACCUGGAGAUGUUGGGGGCUCAGUUCUGUGACACACUACUGGACUACUGUGACCCGGACCGGACAAAGUACAGCACGUGUUUGAGAGAGCUACAGGAGAUUAUGAGACAGGAGGCAGGUCUGCCAAUAGACAAUGAGCCUACAGAUACUUUACUGACUGACCACGAGGCCAGCGCCAGUGGAUCCAACAGCUCCCAGACAGACGGACCUCCUGCUCACCUCCAGGCCUUCAACAAGAUGGUGUCCCGUAAGAAGCUGAAGUCCAAGAAGGAGAGGAACAGAUCUCACCUGGUCAGGGUCAGGGAGGAGAAGGGGGAAAAUGGUGUCAAAGGGACGUUGGAGAAAAGCAAAUAUGUAUUGAAGCCUUUAAAGGCUCCUCCAGUAGUGCCCAGGAGGGAGCCUCCAAAAUGGAGGGAGAGACAACUGGUCCCGCCUGAGCCCAGUCCUCCAGAUAAGAAGGUGUCUGUCCUAUACUUUGUCUUUGACACCAAGAGGCCGGCCAUGACAUCGAAGUCGGAGUACCUGCAGCACCUGAUGGCUGAUUAUGUGAGGAGCAGGAUGCAGUUUACCCUCAAUGGUAGAGCUACGACUGGGGUCCUGGCCAGUGCCCCCAGGCCACCCGCCCGCCCCCCCACCAUGUGCCGUCCUUCCUGCGUCCCACCCUGCCCCCCUCACAGCUGCCCCGGGACAACAGAGACGGGGAGCGGCUGCCCGGCCUGGCUAACCUGCCUGCAGGAGACAAGUCCAUCAGAAGGCUCUCCCCAGUCCAGUGGAGAGGACCCAAGUCCUAUACCGCCCCAUCCAGCCUGCAACUUCCAUCCAACAGUCAGGAGAAGUGCAGCACAGCUCAGGGACACCAGUGUAAAUGCCACCUAUGGCACUGCUAGGGCUGAAGGAGGACAGAGCUGAGAGGACAACAACAGGAAGACCAAGGAUAUCAGAGACAGCCACUAGAACAUACAUGGGCUUUAUUCUCCACAGACAGACAGACGAGCAGCAGAUAUACCAGGACCUCACACAGUAACCCUAGUUCUACCUGUCCAAGAGCACUCAUUAAACGUGCUGUCAUUUGAUUGUUGUGCAGUUUACAAGCUUUA